AUGUCCGACGAGGAAGAAAGGGAACAAAAUAGUCGUCCUGAUUUCGGUAUCGGUAACAGAGGAUGUAAUUAUCGAAGACGAAAUUUAGGUGAUGUACAUCGUUUCAGCGGACAGGAUGACGGCGAUCAUGAAAAGCGACGACAUAUCGGUUUGGAAGAAGAAGAUAUUUUAUGCAAGCGAAAACGGCAUGGUUCAGAUACAGUGAAAGAUGAAAUUAUAUACAAGUUAACAGAACUGCUGACACAUGUUGGUGAAAAGACCAGUUCUUCGUUAGAAUCAAAUUUGGAAAGCCUGGCGCAUGUUUUGGAAACUGAUUUGGACACGUACAAAGAACACAUCAUUGAAAUCCUCGUGAUCUGUAUAUGCAAUAUGCCAGAUAAAUUGACGGUUUAUUCUACUUUGGUUGGGCUCCUGAAUGCCAAGAAAUACAAUUUCGGUGCGGAGGUGGUAUUUUUUUCUGAUUUGGUCAACUGCAAAGUAAUCACGUUGGAUUCAUUUGUAGAUUUUCUUGGAGAUCUCAUAGGUAGUUCUUCCGAAGUAGGAAUACCGCAGGUAAGGCGUGAUUGGUUUAUCUAUGUGUUUUUACAUUGUCUUCCAUGGGUUGGCCAAGAACUUGCCGAAAAGAAUCAAGAUCAGUUAACUGCUAUGUUAGAUGUUGUCGAAAAGUACCUGCAUUCUCGAAAUAAGGAACAUGUAAAGAUUCUGCAAGUUUGGACAAAAUCCAUUCAUGAACAAGAAGAAUAUUUGGAUUGUUUAUGGGCACAGAUCUUGAAAUUACGAUCUGAUAGAUGGAAAGAAAAGUUUAUCACCCGUCAUUAUGUCGCUUUUGAUGGGACAUUAGCGGAUGCGCUACAACAUAGUUUGCCAAGUUUUGAACCGCCACCGCAUACCCCAAAUAGUAUCUAUCCUUUGCCGAAUGUGGUAUUCCGCUUUUUUGAUUAUGCCGAUUGCCCAGAUGAUGGACCGCUUCUUCCUGGUGCCCAUUCCAUAGAACGAUUCCUAGUUGAAGAAGAAUUACGAUGGAUCUUGGAUCAGGAAAAAACAAAUAGAAAGAAAUGUGCAUCGAGAUUGUUGGAAUACGAUAAACGUACAUUGGUACCAAUAAACUAUGUUAUAUUAGAAGUAAUUUUUUCGCAAUUGUUUCAUUUACCCGAAGCACCUACCCGGUCAAUAUUUUAUGGAAGUUUACUGAUUGAGUUAUGCAAAACUAAAAGUAUGCCUCAGGUAAUAGCACAGGCCGCCGAAAUUUUUUACCAAAGGAUAGAUUCGAUGCAAGUUGCUUGUAUUGAUAGAUUAAUUGAUUGGUUCAGUUACCACAUGUCAAAUUUUGAGUACCGAUGGUCAUGGUCAGAUUGGAGUGACUGCAUUGAAUUAGAUCGUUUUGCUCCGAAGCAUAUAUUCGUAAGGGAGGUACUGGAUAAAUGUAUGCGGCUUUCAUAUCAUCAAAGAUUGGCAGAAUUUUUACCUACUGGAUUUGAAAAAAUGAUACCGCAGAAGCCUGCCAUAUCCUACGAUCUUAAUGACGACGAACAUCCAGACCAUGAGUUUGCUAUGGCUCUCGAAAAAGCCUUUCGUGAGAAGAUAUCAGCCAAAGAGAUGAUUGAUUUAUUACGUAGCAAAACUGGAAAUCGAAUGGAUAUAAACUCUAGAUUGUCCAUUUUUUUCAAAGUAUUACUUUAUUUGGCUCGGAAAACUUUCAGCCAUAAUUUUGCUGCAUUAACGAGGUGA